UCGAAUUUCAUUCACAGGGUUCAUCUCCCUUUCAAUACGUAUGAAUUCUUGAAGGAAAAUGAAGAAGGAUGUGGAUUAUGAAAUCCAAAGAAAAGAAAGAGCUUAGAAAAGGGAAAGAAGUAGCAUUUGUUUGGUUUUUUUCGUUUUCUUACUUCAAUUUCUACAAGGGAUUUUGAAGUUUCCCUUGUCGGUUUUUCUGUUCAACCAUGGGGACCAAAAUCAAAGGGGUUUUUAAAGGGUUCAAAUUCAUCUCUCAAAUCUUUGUUAUGAAGGAACGUGAAAUGGAGAUCGGGUACCCAACAGAUGUUAAACAUGUUGCUCAUAUUGGCUGGGAUGGAUCAUCAGGCAGUGCUCCUUCAUGGAUGAAUGAGUUCAAGACAGCUCCUGAUUUUGCAGCAACUUCCAUUGGAAACUCUGGUUCUGCUCUGUCUACCUGGUCUUCUCAAGAUUUUGGAGAAGCAAUGGGAAGACGGCCGACGGAUGAUACAUUAAAUGAUAUACCACCCGUAGACCUUCCAAAUAUACCGAAAAAACAAAGGCGUAGAAAGUCAAAGUCAACAUGCUCACCGAAAUCAUCAUCUUCAUCAAAGUCAUCUCGAGCUGCAAAGGCGAAGGCUAACAUGGAGAUCAUGUAAACUGUUCCUAUCAUUUUAUGACCAAAGUUUUUGAAAAGUGAUGAGCAUAUGAUGUGAGAACAAAGUUAAAAAAAAAAAAAAGUAGAUCAAAUAUGAAGCAUAUGCAAAAGGGGGUGUUUUUUUUCUUGAAGGUGUGACAUUAUUUUGGUGGGAGAUGUAACCUUUCUUGUUAUUUUAUUUUAUUUAUUGUUAUUUAAUUUUAAAUUUUGUCCCCCUUGGGAGUAUACAACAAAGAAUCAACAUGUAAAAAGUAGAUUCUUUGGUUGUGAUGUUGGAAUACUAAUCUAGCUUUUCCAAAUGAU